UUUUAUUGGAUUACAAAAUGUCUAUAAUGACAGCUGUCAAAUGUGACAAAUGAAAUUUUACUUUGCGAGCAACACUGUUAUCUUGUGUCUUUUUUGUGUCGACAGGUAAAUGAGAAUAUCCAUCAGAGAUGGGUAAAAUUAUGAAACCGGGGAAAGUAGUGCUGGUCCUCAGCGGCCGGUACGCUGGGCGAAAAGCGAUCGUAGUCAAAAACUACGACGAGGGCACAUCAGACAAGCCAUACGGUCACGCUUUCGUCGCCGGCAUUGACAGAUAUCCACGUAAAGUGCACAAGAGGAUGGGUAAAAACAAAAUCCACAAGCGAUCCAAGAUAAAGCCUUUCGUGAAGCUGGUAAACUACAAUCACCUGAUGCCCACCCGUUACUCGGUAGACUUCAGCUUUGAGAAAUUCAGUGUUAAAGACCUGAGAGACCCGGCCAAGCGCAAGAAGUUGAGGUUCAACACACGAGUCCGCUUUGAAGAGAGAUACAAGAGCGGGAAGAACAAGUGGUUCUUCCAAAAGCUUAGGUUCUAAGGUGUACAUUUAAAAAUAAACAUUACUUAUGUAAUGUA